UUUCGUGUUUAGCUGCAGCGUGACGUUGGAUUCGGUGAAGCUUUUGGAAACUUCGCCCCCAUAGUCCCGUGUUUCGCUGCAAAAUGACGUCGAUUCCGUUGAUUUCAGUGAAGCAGUUGGGAACUUCGCCCCCAUUAGCCCCAAGCCUUGCGGUCGAAUACGGUGGCCGUGCACCCUUUUCAGGGCAAAUCAGGGUAACUUGCAAUCUUUUCUCCAAAUACAGUUUAGCUGAAUGCUUAUCUUCUAGAAAAGGCUCGGCGAGAUGUGCGGCGAAUUAUUCGGCGGGCGUGUGAGAUGGGGACCGUCACGUGCGACCGUACCAACGCGCGUGGAACGUGUGUUAGAACGCCCCCGCGUAAGUUGACAGCAUCUGCCAAUCUCGCAGCAGUGAAAUCAACCCACCAUGUCGCGACAAGGAACCGUGGUGGAGCAGAAGCAGCACUUUAUCCAAUUGCGCAAGCAGUACCUCUCGCGAGGCAUUGUGCCCUCUGAGAAGCUGAAGCGCAUCGCGCAGGAAGGCGGCGUGGAACUCAGCGUGCUCAAGGGCGCAUUAGACAAAGUGAACCGCGAACUCAAGCAACACUCGCGCAAAGUAUACAGCCGCCAAAUGACCGAACACGUCAUUGAGCAAAUCGACAAAUUCUACUGGGCCUCGGGAGCUCGCGAACUCUCUUCCUCCAACGACCAGAACCACGACGACGACGACGACGACGACGACGACGACGACGAUGCGGAACCCCAGAUCCACCAAUCCGACGACCUCACCCUCGACUCCACAAUCUCCAAACUGCCCACCCGCUGGGACACUUCCGCCGACCCCGAUCCCCCACACCACCCUUUAAACGCCGACUCCGACGACAACAACGAAGAGCUUACACAAGACACCUACCUCCACUCCCUCACGCACCUCCAGACCCUCUCCGCGCGCCGCCUCACCUUGCAGCAGAAACUCAACACGUACAAGACGCUGCUCUCGCUGCUCCAGCCGUACAGAAACCCCAUGCAGAGUAUCCAGCCGAACCUCGUAAGCAAAAAUGCUCCCGUCGUGGCUGAGAUGGGCAAGACGAGGGCGCUGGCUAUACGGGUUGCGGGGAGGGUUGAGGAGCGGUUUGGGGAUGUCGAGGUUCCCGGGACGAAUGAGGAUGAGGGGGAUGUGGUCAUGGGGGGUGCAGGGGCCGACGAGGUUGGGAAGGUAAAGAGGGUUUUGGAUGGGUGGUGAGAUUUUGGGGAGUGAGAAGGAGGGUGGGAGGGGAUGGCGUAGAUGGAGUUUGACUGCGCAUUCGACGUAGUGACGUAUACGACGUCCCAACGAUCCAGUGGAGAUGCACGGAUUUGAAAUGUGUGGUGUUGAGCCUUCCAAAUCGACCCACGCUGCGUGGCAGAGUAAUUUUGAAGAUUUCGUUGCGCGGCGUGGGUGUCAGGGUGGGUGCCAUAGCGAGGUGGGUAGGACAGGGUUGAUGUAAUUCUUUGUGUUUUUUAUUAUAUUUUCCUUGGUCGCGGUUUGAGGGAUAGGGUAUACCCACGGAAUCUUACAUUGGCGUUUUUCUUUUCCUCUUUCUGUUCUUGGAAGACGAACGGUUCCUUCAGACUUGGGGUAGGCAGUAUCAAUGUUUCACGGGGGACCACAAAAGGUCGAGGUUAUUCCCUAGAACAUGCGUGGAUCCGCAUG